AGUUGUCGUAUUGCGGCCCAUUUUCCUAGCCAUCUAGCUAGCACUUUUGUCAUUGUCGGCCACCACUCGCUGACGACACACGCACACUCACCCCAUUCCUCCUCCUUCCGCUGUUCCGCUCGUCCAUUUGCGGCACACACCCUUACUACCCCUUCCACGAAAGUCGACUUGCCUUCCCUGCCUUCCUUGUCUCCAUUUAACACAAUCAAGACCACCUUCCUCCACGCACAACCAUCACCACCACUUUGGCACAAAGCACGCUCUCAUCCCACAUACACAAUCAUCUCAUUGCAUAACAACACCGCCGUCACCACACGCACACAACACAUUCUGCUUGCACGCCGCGCUGUCUGAGACGCCGCCGCCCGCCGAUUCAUCAGCCCCCCACUUGCACCACAGCCUUCCAUCUCUCCCGACUCUUGUUUCCAAAGACACAAAGCUCACCCUACGGCCUGGCCGACUCGUUUAACUCUUUCUUCCCCCAUGGCCGCACCAGAAGCAAGUACUGGGAGCAGGCCAACGGCGGCAUCACCAUUGCCAGCUCCAGCCGUUCCUCAGCAACCUCCGACCGACGGCGCCAUGCCCGUCCCCACCUACCCUUCCCUCGCCUACAACCCAGUUGCUGGCCCCUCACAACACCACCCGGGCAUGAUGCCUCAACAACAAUGGUACCCCCAGCCCGUCUUCCCUCCCCAGUAUCCUGGACCACACGGUGGUGGGCCAAGACAACCCAACGGCGGUGGCUUCCAGCCAGGCCAGUUCCACAGCGGCUUCCCGAACUACAUUCCCCCUCAGUUCUUCUACGGAGGGCUGCCAGUGCCAGGACCAGGGCCCGGCAGCAUGCAGAACAGCAUGCAGAACGGCUACUACCCCCACAACAACUACGACAACCGCCAAUAUGGUGGCUAUGACGGGAGCGAGGACCCCAAGUUCGCUCAUCCAGGUGGUGACGAGGGCGUCUUCCACCCCAACGGCCAUGGCGUUCACCACUCUGGCUUCGCCCCUCCCCAGCCCUACUACCCUCCAGGGCACCCUUACGCUUAUGGAGGCGGAGUGGGAUAUCCGCAGUUCUCUGGAGCUGGGGCUCAGUUCAACCGUAUGGGCGGAGGUGGUGGUGGAUACAGACCGGAUGGCUAUGUCGUGCCAGAACAGCAUCAAGCUCCACCAGCUCCAGCCCCUCCACCACCCACUUCGAGCAAGGCUUUGAACCCAGCCGCUGCGGGCUUCAACUAUGUCCCUCCCAUCCGUAAGGUGUCUGUGCCCAACGGUAGCAGUGCAAACGGACACGAUACACAAACGCCUGUACCGCCGGCUGCUGCAACUGCUCCCGAAACGACCAAGCCACCAACAGUGGAACAGCCUCCUGCUGCAGCCACUAGUUCCCUUGGCUUGUCAUUAGAACCCCCGGCCCCAGCUGCUGAGGCGGCCCCGGAACCAGCAAAGCCAGAGACGAAGCUGGCAGAAGACAAGCCGAUCGUCGCAUCUGAGCCAGAGGUUUCGGCUCCGAAGGCGACGCCGGUCAUCGCCGAGUCAACGCCCUCCGCACCGUCCCUCACGUUUACUGGCGACACUGUUGUUGGUUACACUUCUCCUCCACCAACGCAGGCCGCUCCUACACCCCGUCGUCCCCAGCCUUCCGACCCUAUCCAGCUUCGCCCAUCCCGUCCAGCACACGACAGUGCAGUCGGCAACUCGUAUGCCCAGGGCCUGACCUCGUCCAUUCCUGCAACCGUUGCGAGGGAGCACUUUGCCGGUGUUUCCCAGAAGCGCUCUACCCGCGGACGGCCGUCGCCAAAGGGCAAGGCAGUGUUCAUUCUCGGUGCUGCCGGUGGCCGACCGCUCCCUACUCUGUCGCUCGUCUUUGGAAUCAUUUCUGAACCAGCGAUGCCGCCUACUCCGACCGCGGCUGCCAAGAAGGCGGCUCAGGCGGCGGCGCCAGCCGUCACCCCCGCCGUUGCUCCUCGUCCAAAGCCUGCGAAGCCGAGUUCGUGGGCUGCACUGCUUCGCACCAAGGAAGCAAAGCCGACAGGCACACCGGACAGCCUGUCUGUUGCGCCCUCCUCCACCGUGCCGUCGCCAUCCAAGUCAACAGCGUCGCUGCCAUCGGCGCAGGACGGCCCUGGUACUCCAAAGUCAGCGACGGGGGCAUCUCUUCCUCCCUCCGCCGGACCAGCACCUGCUCAGCCUCGUCCCGCAUUCAACUAUGCGGCGGCGGCCGCGAUCGGCACAGCGCUGACGCCUGCCGAGGAUCUGGCGCGCCUCCUGACUGAGGGUCUCCGCAUUCGCCCGGCGAAUGCUGUGGGACCUGUUGUGCCCCGCGGUCUCAUCAACACUGGCAACAUGUGCUAUGCCAACACUAUCCUCCAGGUUCUUGUCUACUGCCCUCCCUUUACCGAGCUCUUUGAGGAGCUUGGCAAGCGUCUCAAGGCAGACCUUGCCCGCAGGACACCGCUUCUCGAGGCCAUGAUCAUCUUCCUCCGCGAGUUUGCCCCUGGCCCAUCAAACAGUGGAGCGUCCACGCCCAAGGGCAAGGGCCGUGACACCAAGAACGCGUUUGUGCCGGAGAACGUGUAUGAUGCCAUGAAGGAGAACAAGCGUUUCGACACGAUGCGGAGAGGCUUCCAGGAGGACGCAGAGGAGUACCUCGGAUUCUUCCUCGACACGCUCCACGAGGAGAUGCUUGGUCUCUACUCCCGCACUCAGCCCGCACGCUCCGUGUCCAAGCAGGCUACUGUCAACGGUGACGAGCGCACCAUUGACCGCCCUGUCUCGCCAGGCGCAAACGACAAUGGCGGCGACGACUGGCUAGAAGUCGGCAAGAAGCAGAAGACGCAUGUGGUUCGAACUGCUGAGACCAAGGAGUCUGCAGUUUCAAAGGUCUUUGGCGGCACAGUUCGUUCCGUGCUCCACACCCCUGGUUCAAAGGACAGCGUCUCGCUUGAGCCAUAUCAGCCCCUGCAGCUCGAUAUUCAGGCCAAGGAGGUGCUCACUCUGGUUGAUGCCCUCCGCCACUUGAACGAGCCCGAGGUGAUUCAGGACGUUUGGUCUUCCGCACGAGGCGCCAAGGUCGACGCCACCAAGCAGUUGUUCCUCGAGACAUUCCCUCGCGUCCUCAUUCUUCACCUCAAGAGGUUUGUCUACGACUCUCAGGAGCAAGAUGUUGUCAAGCGCUCCAAGCCAAUCUCGUAUCCCAGCGAGCUCGUCAUCCCACAAGAAAUCAUCUCUCCAUCCAAACGGACCGCACAGCACGUGAAGUACCGCCUGUUUGGUGUCGUCUAUCACCACGGUCACUCGGCCACUGGCGGCCACUACACUGUCGCCGUCGCUCGCCCAGACGGAACCGGAUGGCUCCACUUCGAUGAUGAGCUGGUGCAGCCCGUUCCCAUCGAAGACGUUGUCGUCAGCGAGGAAGAGGCACGCAACGGCAAGGGUGGCUUGAUUGGUGGCCGCGAACGUUGUGCCUACCUCCUCUUCUACCAGCGUGUCCGAUAGAGCGUAGACAAGACGCCAGAGUCAGCAUACCCCCAGACCCGGAUACCCUCAAAAGACAUCACGACAUCAUCCCCCAUCAGUCAACAGCAUCAUCGGCGUGAUCUCGUUAGCACAUUGACGCACACACCACACCCAUCCACAUCACAUUAGUCUCACAUCCUCCCCCCAUGACCCCCCACACCGUCUUGUCCCUGUUGGUCUCUACCCGCUAGGCAUUGGGUUUCAGUAUGUCAUUCGUAGUAAUGCACAGCAUGCACUUGGCAGUACUGGUGAG